CCCGCCAACAAGUUGUCAAAUUUGUCAAAAAUCCCUGCAACUUUCUUUUUACAGAAAUUUGUUUUGUUUGUGUAAUUAAAUUAUAAUAAUUCAUCAAUACAUCUAAUCCUCAAAAUGUCUAGAUCAGAAGACAACGAAGAAAAUAUUGUGACAAAAAUAGAUAACCUAUGUACAAAUUUAAACAUAGAUCCUGUCUUUGCAAAAAAUUUCAAGAAUACAUUUUUAGAAACCAAUCGUCAAUACACGCUGGAAGGUGAUAUAGUGCAUUGGAUAGGGUGUGCACUAUAUGCAACUUGUCAGAUGACUACUAAUUCCAGUGCACAAUCAGAUACUGACUCUGAGGAUUAUGCUAUCAAUAUAAGCCUUACAGAACUUCUUAGGCUUUGUAACCUAAAGCUUAUUCAGUUCUUCAAUAAAAUAAAAUUAUGGUCUGAUGUUGCAUCAAUGUCAGAGGAUUUUAAAAAGAAAAUGAAUGAUCUGGAGGUCAAGUUUGUGGUGUCUGCAAUGCUGUCUAAAAAAUUUAGAUCCAUUUUUCAAGAAAUAUUUACAGGGGCCACUAAUACAAGUAAUUCAUUGUUUACAUUCACAUGGUAUCUGUAUAUAUGUGUUAAAGGGGAGUUUCCCAACUCUGAUGACUUAGUUGACAUGUACCACUUGUUGUUGUCUAGUCUUGACUAUGUUUAUGCCAAUGCCUUUAUGACCAGACGUACAGAUCUCAUCAAUCCUAAUUUUAAAGGUCUACCCAAUAAUUGGCAAAGUGAUGAUUUUGAGUUACCAGCCAAUCCGCCAUCUCUUAUAUCGAUCCUUCAAGAAAUCAUGGAUGACCCUACUAUGAAAUUAGCUGUUGAAGCACUAAUCAUGCGAGAGUACAGUUGGACACCAGUAAUAAAAUCCUUCUUUGAUAGGAAGAUUUUAAAAGGGCACAAGGAGCAACUAAUGGGUGUAUUAAAUGUGGCUAGCUUUGAAACAAACAUAAGUGCUUUGAAAAAUCACUAUGAAAACCAUGUUUUCAGUGCUAUGGAAUUUGAUGAACGAAUUUUUUUGAGUGAUGAUGCAAAAGAACAGUUUGGAAUCAUGAAUAGAGAUGAAACUGCAACGCCUGAAGUGAAUUCAACAUUUGAGUCCAAUGGGCGAGUUUGUCCAGACACGCCUUUGUCGGGCCAACGCUACCUACCGCAGCAGGAACUUUUCCUGUCACCCGUCUCCGAAGCCGCCAACAGCUGUGCCCACCUCACCUCAUACUUACAAGCAUCAAAGCCACAACCCUCCACCAAUCUGUUGAGGCUCUUCUCGGAGUGUGGAGUGAGUGAGGAAUCAAUCAUUACGAACUUAAUACAGCCGUGCAAUGCGUGGAUAGCGCAAUUUUCCAACCGACUCAGGGAGUUAGAGUGCAGUAAUGAAAUUAUUGUAUACAGAUGCAAUAGGAUCACAUGCUUAUACUUCAAAAUUCUUGAACAUAUUAUUACAGAAGAACACAAAAAGAAACCUCAAGUUUCGUUACAAAUGCUGCUAAGUCAAGACACUUAUCAGCUCGCUCUAUAUGCUUGUUGCACGGAAGUUAUACUCCAUGUGUAUGGAGUUCAUUCACUCCGGUUUCCUGAAGUUCUCAACAUCUACAAUCUCAGUGCCUUCCACUUUUACAAGAUCAUUGAAUUGGUGGUGCAAGCUAUAUCUGAUAAACUCAGUAGAGAUACUAUAAAACAUCUAAAUACGGUUGAAGAACUGGUACUAGAGUCUAAGGUGUGGAAAUCUGAUAGUCCUCUGUGGGAGCAACUACAGCGUGCGUCUGUGCCGUCUUCUGCAGAGGUUUCCUUGUCGGAGUCACCAAACCGCCGCAAUAAUUUACUUCAGUCGCCUGCGUCUAAUGUCAUGGAGCGUUUUCUUGUGCCUUCGGCGGAGCAUGCCAAGAAACAAUUGUUCACAGAUAACAUCAAGCCCGGCCAGUCCUUACUAGUUUCAACAAAUAACAUAACUGUUAAAGAAGAACCAAGCACAUCGCAAGCGGGACAGAGUUCAAGUAACGGUGAAACAUCUCUUGCUCCAAAUACGCCUAAAAAACCUAAUAACUCUUUAAUACUCUUCUUUAGAAAGUUCUACAGUUUGGCGGUGUUGCGUAUAAAUGAUUUAUGUAAACGACUGGAGUUAACCGACGAAGAACUCAAACGUAAAAUAUGGACGUGCCUUGAGUACUCUAUCAUGCACCAAACUCAAGUGUUGAAGGACAGGCAUCUUGAUCAACUUCUUUUAUGCGCUGUCUAUGUCAUCUGUAAGGUAUCUAACACUCAAAGUAAUAGGGUAGAAAGAACUUUUGCAGACAUCAUGCGGUUAUAUCGCCAGAGACCAUUAGCAAAUAAUCAUGUAUAUAGAUAUGUGUUGAUCAGAAGAGCUACAGAAACUGAACCAGAGAAAAGAGCCGAUUUAAUUACGUUCUAUAAUGCCGUGUACGUGCCAUGUAUGCAAAACUUUGUUCUGAGAUUUGCUGACGGGAGAUUAAGAAAUGAGGCGGGCAUGCUGUCCCCGCUGCCGGCGACGCGCGGGGACGCGGCCAGCUCCCCGCUGGGGCUGCGCGUGUCGGAGAGACACCAGCUCUACGUGCGGCCGCUCACCGCCGCGCACCUGCCCACCUGCCAGCUCACCUACCGCUUCAGCCGCAGCCCCGCCAAGGACCUGCACGCAAUAAACACCAUGGUGUCAAGCGAGGUGGUCGGCAUUAAGCGCGCCAGUGACGCAAUCGGUGGUGAAAUACUCAAGCGCGCGCGAUACUCCAACCCGAGUAUGACACGCAAACUGCAAGGACUUGUGAGCGAUCGACAGGCUGUUUAAUGGUUCUAGUUGGAAUAAUUUUUAUUACUAUUCCAAUUUCCUAUCUACUGCUUAUAGCUCUCUAGGCGCCUUAUUUCUAUAAUUUAAAUUAUUUGACGAUACAUUGAAAUAUGAAAUCAACUAUAUUAAAUUUGACAAAAUAUUUUAAAUGACAAGAGACGUUCGAUUUUAUUGUAAUCUAUUGAAAGUACCGAGUUAACUUUUAUACAUAAAUCAAGAUUAUAUUUAGAUUAAAAACGAAAUUAAUAAAUUGUAAUCGAUAUAUUGCGGUCGCAAAAUUAUUGGAAAACAAAAUUUGUCUACAGUAAGGGAUCAUAAACAUAUAUUUUGAUUAAAAUAUAUUGUAUAAUUAAGUGAACUAUUAAGUAUUCAUCACAGAAAUAUUUUUUCUUGUAGCAUAUUAAUUUAAAAUCAAUGUUUUGUAAUUAUUGCUUAAUUAAGGGUUCAGAAGAUUCUUUCUCGUAACUGAAACUGACAUUAUUGACUGCAUUGAUCUCAAUUAUCUCAAAGAUACGCCAUAUUAUUAUUUUAAAUAAUUAUGCUCAUUAUAUUUUGUUGUAAAUUUAUGAUACAACUGAAUGGUUAUAUAUUAUUACAAUUUGAAUGUUUUGUUUAUUUUCACUCUUUGAAUUCAUCGCGCGAGGGUAUUCAUUUUGAAAUUUUUAUUUUUUACAUUAUAUUCCUUUCUAAUGUGCUUCCUUAGUUUUGAGUAUAUUGCACUGCAAAAUGCUGCGACAAUUAUUGUUUAUGAUUUGGUUGUAAAUAUUAUUCCCGGUAUGAGUUCCGUAAGUUAUAUAGAUUAUGAUUUAAGUAGUAUCAUUAUUUCAAACGAUCAUGUCUGUUUAUUAAUAAUUGCUACACGUAACUCGUACCGGAAAUUAUAUUCAGAUUUCCCACUACAUUGAAACCACGAAGGUAAGGUAUAGGAGGGUAUAUUUAUAAUUAUUGUUUUCGUAUUUGACUAUUCAAUAGUGUUUGCAUUCUGUUGUAAUGGCUGCUAAAAAUUAGUAUUUAUUGUUCUCUACCAUUCGCGGAUUUCUUGAUAAUAAAAUAUGCAGCCCAUAUUAGUCACGGAUUAAUAAUGUAUGGUUUUCCUGUUUGAAGGAAUUGUUGAAAUUAGUUAUGUA